UUUCCCUGAAGUAUCUAAAACAUCAUAAGAGCACGCUUUAACUAGUUAACACUAUUGAUAUUGUCUCCACUGAGUGUUGUUGCUGUCUAGUGUUGGAGCACGGAGCUAUAACUGAGAAAAGUGUGAUAUUAAAUAAAGUCAGCUUAGAGAAAUAAAUCCAAGCUACCCCAGUUGAGUUAAGGCCUAGAAAUGCGCGAAAUAUAUAAAUUUUGUAAGAAAAGAAUGAGUUAGAAAUCUCCCCUGUUCGCAUCUAGUUCCCCCUCAAGUCAUGCCCUUCCUGUUCGGCGAGGAACCAUCCAACUACGGCGAUAGUACGGCGGUCCAGUGUAUGGUCUUCAAGGGGGACACGCCACUCCAGCUGCACUGGACUCUCAACGGGCAGCCCAUUACCAACGAACACGUCGGGAUCCGGAUCAUCAAAAUGUCGCCCAAGCUGAGUUCGCUGAGCAUCGACGCCAUCAGCGGCCACCACCGGGGGUUGUUCAAGUGCAUUGCCACCAAUGCGGCUGGGUUUACUGAGCAGAGCGCCGAGCUUCUGGUCAAUGGUUAAUAUCAGAUAUUGUGAUUUCAAGUUCUGUGUUGUUUUCUGUUUGUUUUUCCCGUUCCCUGUUCUCCAACCCAAACUAAAACUAGUGCCGCCUCAAAUUCGACCCUUUGACUUUGGCGAUGAGGCCUCAAACUCUGGCGAGACCAUGGGCAUUCAGUGCACCGUGAUCAAAGGGGAUCUGCCCAUCAACAUCACCUGGGCCCUUGAUAAUCGCAUCCUGAACAGCGGGGACCUGGAAGUGGUCAUCGGUCGCAUGUCCAGCAAGUCGAGCACCCUAAACAUCGACUAUAUAGCAGCCGAGCACCGCGGGGUCUACACCUGCCUCGCUCGCAAUCAGGCGGGCGAGAGCAGCUACAGUGCCGAGCUGAAAGUCAACGGUUACUGCGCCCCUCGAUCUCUUAAUUAGUAGCUAAGACUUGUCUUGAUUUAUGUGAUGCUUGAUUUAAACAAUACCUCCAACCCCCACCCAUCCUAGUCCUGCCCAGCAUACACCCCUUCAGCUUCGAUGGGGAGGCCAAUGAGGGCGACAGUGUUCAGUUGACAUGCCACGUGGCCAAGGGCGAUCUUCCGCUGAGAAUCCGCUGGACCCACAACGGGCUGCCGCUCUUCACGCACCUAGGCGUGAUGGCCAGCAAGAUCGGGGAGAGGAUUACCAUGCUCACGGUGGAGUCGGUCAAGGCGGCCAAUUCUGGAAACUACAGCUGCGUAGCCAGCAACAGUGCGGGCAACGUGACCUCCACCGCUGAGCUGCUCGUCAAUGGUUACUGACCCAACUCCGUAGACCUAUCAUACGUUACUGUUUUGUUGAUUGAGAUUAUUUGACACCCAGCCCAAUCCCUAAUCACU